AUGAAAAUACUUCUUAUUCUAUUGGUUUUCGUUGACACUUGUGCUGCCGUAGGUCAUGUGCAGUCAAUCGCGGUACAUGGGCGUCUUAUGUGCAACAUGUUCAUUGCACCUCCAACGCUGGUCAAACUCUACGAUGACGAUUUCCCUGAUUUCGACGAUAUCUUGGACUCUGUGAAGACAAAUUACACCGGAGAAUUUUAUUUGUCAGGAUCCACCGUGGAGUACUUGACCAUGGAUCCAAAAUUGAUUAUUUACCAUGACUGCAAUCAUUUUAACGAUGCAUGCUCGCAAGAGCUCACAAUUUUGAUCCCUUCUUCCUAUGUCACCCAUAAUAUAUCUCCAGUCAAAGUGUUCGAAGUUGGCACCAUUCAACUUGCUGGAAAGUACCUCGAGCAAACCGUUGAUUGUAUUCAUUGA